AGUCUGUGGUGACGCCAUAUUUACAUUCUACGCCCGUCACCAGUGACCGAAUAAUAAUAUUCUGCAUUAAUCUAGUUACAUUCACAUUGAAAUUUAAUAAAAACAGUUCAUAAUAUACAGUAAAAAUGGAAGAACAAGGAGGAAGUUCCGCACCAAGAGUAAGCGACAAACGCUUGGCACAAACACAAGCCAAAGUAGAUGAAGUUGUUGGCAUUAUGCGUGUCAAUGUCGAGAAAGUUUUGGAAAGAGACCAAAAAUUGUCGGAACUAGAUAAUCGCGCAGAUGCGCUGCAACAUGGGGCUGCACAGUUUGAACAGCAAGCUGGAAAACUUAAGCGCAAGUAUUGGUGGCAGAAUUUGAAGAUGAUGUUAAUUAUAGGUGCUAUUGGUGCAGUGUUGCUUAUUAUCAUUAUUGUGUGGGCAACGUCCGGUUCGUCAUCCCCUGCCGCGCCUCCGGUAACUGAAGCGCCUAAAGAUGUUGGCCGAUAGUUAGCCAAUUUAAACAUAUAUUCCAAAAAGUAUUUAUUGUGACUGGGAUUGGGGUUCAGAAACGACCAAGCGCGACUGGACAAAGGAAACUUGUAAUAGACGCACACUAUAUUUCUACAUGAGUUUUACAUUUAGCCUUAAAAAUAUUGAAAAAUUUAUACUGUUUACAAAAGUCCCAAACAAAAUACUAUACAAUUUUAUAAAAGUUAAUACAUUAAGAUUAUUAUUAUGAAAAAUUGUGAUUUCUCUUCAUAGCUAGCUUUCAUAUUUAACAGUGGCCAACAAUAUUUUUAUAAAUAUCUUGUGAUAGGUAGUAAUAAAUUACGAAUAGAGUGUAUGUAUCACACAGAUUGAUUAUUUAAACUCACUUAACACAUUCCGUGCCAAGUAUCCUUGCCUGACUUGUCAUUCACUCCAUUUGAUAUUUGGACUAAAGAUUGAUAAAUUUUUACAAAACAUACUAAGUAAACAUGUUCAUGUAAGAAUCACAUUUUACAGAAUUACAUUUGUUAUAUAUAUUCAGUGCAAUAAAUAUGACUGUGUCUACCAUGAUUCAUAUGGCACGGAAGCGAUUAAAUAUUUCUCUCCAAAGCAAAAUAAAAAGCACUUUUCACACUGAACAAUUCACUAGUAGACUUGUCAGUUCCAAUAAGUUGUGAAUUUGUGAUGGUAAAUUCUUUACAAAUUAACUGAGAUACAAAAUUUUCACCUAGAAAUAUGGAGGUAAAUAAAACUUACGAACUAUAAUCACUGUAAAGUGGUUGUUCAAAAAAUAAAUGAUAUCAAUAUUUGAUGUUGAGAAGGGUUUGUCCCAUUUUGUAAGUUCAGGAAUAAAAUAUAAAGGCAAAUUGUCCCAUUUGUCUAUAAUAAAAACUUACAAAAAAAUAUUAACAUAAAACAAUGUUGCACAAUAAAUUCUGAGAUGUUUAAAUAACACAGAACACAGGUGCUGCAAGGAUAAAGAUAAAGAUGUGUACCUUUACCAUUUAUUGAAUUAUUGCUGUGCUACUUUUUAAGAAAUUGCACAUUCAUUGUGUUGCACAUUAUCCAAUCACAAACUUUGGUAUAACCAUGUAAUCUACUAACAGUAACUCUUGUUGGGACCAAUUAACGGGGUUAAUGAUAUAUUAUCAAUUGUCUCUAAGCCAUAUUUGAAUUUUAAUGUUAAUAAAAGUCUGGAAACUUCUCAAAGCAACUGAUGAAUCAGUUUGUUAAUUAUAGUGAAGUCCAUUAUCAUUGUAUGACAGUGAAAAAUGUUAAUGUUGUAUUAUACUAAAUCAAUAUAUGUGUAACACUUAUCCUAGUUAUUUUGUAUUGUAUAGAUGUAAUAAAAUGUGUAUUCUUCAA